CCUCGCAUAGGCGUGAGACUCUUUUCCUGUUUCAGCCGAUGUAUUUAUUGUGGCAGUUCUGAUGGAGCCAGAGAGACAGAAUCUCGUUUCAAAAGUCGUCGCCUUCCUGUCUAGCCAGAAGUACUAAUACGGAGCAUUUGACCUAAUCUCUACAGCUGAAUCUCCUGAAACCAGGAUAAGGAAAGAGUGCCUUCAGAACCAAUAUGUAGCAAAUGGGUACCACACCUUUGAAGCUCCUCCCUUGGUUCAACACUUGCAUGUUUUAAGGAUCCUUGUUGCCUCAGCAGUGAAUUGUUCUUGUGGACUUCGGAAACAGAUUUCAUGUGGUGCUUGCUAAACGUUGAGUCACCAUGAGUAGUAAUCUAGGAAAAGAAAAGGACUGUAAAGAGAAGGAUCCAAAAGUCCCAUCAUCAAAAGAAAGGGAGAAGGAGGCUAAAGCCUCUGGAGGAUUUGGGAAAGAGAGCAAAGAAAAGGAGCCUAAGACCAAAGGGAAAGAUGCCAAAGAUGGAAAGAAGGACUCCAGUAGCACGCAGCCUGGGGUAGCUUUUUCAGUGGACAAUACGAUAAAAAGACCUAAUCCAGCCACAGGUACUCGCAAAAAAUCCAGCAAUGCUGAGGUGAUCAAAGAGCUAAAUAAAUGCCGGGAAGAGAAUUCUAUGCGCUUGGACUUGUCCAAGAGGUCUAUACACAUGCUUCCAUCAGCUAUCAAAGAGCUAACGCAGUUAACAGAACUUUAUUUAUACAGUAACAAACUGCAGUGCCUACCGGCAGAGGUGGGCUGUCUUGUGAACCUGGUGACACUGGCCCUGAGUGAGAACUCGCUCACCAGUUUGCCUGACUCUCUUGAUAACUUGAAGAAGCUGCGCAUGCUUGACCUGCGGCACAACAAACUGAGGGAGAUCCCGGCGGUGGUGUACAGGCUGGGCUCUCUCGCCACCCUUUACCUACGCUUUAAUCGUAUAACUACUGUGGAAAAGGAUAUCAAAAACUUGUCAAAACUCACCAUGCUUAGCAUACGAGAGAACAAAAUCAAGCAACUACCUGCUGAAAUUGGUGAGUUGUGUAACCUCAUAACGCUGGAUGUAGCGCACAAUCAGCUUGAACAUCUUCCUGAAGAGAUUGGAAGCUGCACACAGAUCACCAACCUUGACUUGCAGCACAAUGAGCUCUUGGACCUGCCAGAAACCAUAGGAAAUCUGUCCAGUCUAAGUCGCCUUGGCCUGAGGUACAAUAGGCUGUCAGCAAUUCCGAAGUCUUUAGCAAAAUGCAGUGAACUUGAUGAACUGAACUUGGAGAACAACAACAUUUCUACUUUGCCAGAGGGUCUUUUAUCCAGCCUUGUCAAACUGACUAGUUUAACACUGGCCAGGAACUGCUUCCAGUCCUAUCCUGUGGGUGGCCCGUCCCAGUUCUCCACAAUCUACUCUCUCAAUAUGGAGCACAACCGCAUCAAUAAAAUCCCCUUUGGAAUUUUCUCUAGAGCUAAAGUAUUAAGUAAGCUGAACAUGAAGGACAAUCAGCUGACCUCUCUCCCCUUGGACUUCGGGACUUGGACUAGUAUGGUAGAACUGAACUUAGCGACUAAUCAGCUCACAAAAAUCCCUGAGGAUGUAUCUGGGCUUGUUUCUCUUGAGGUUCUUAUCUUGUCAAACAAUCUCCUAAAGAAACUUCCCCAUGGAAUUGGAAAUCUACGGAAACUCCGAGAGUUAGAUCUAGAGGAAAACAAACUGGAAUCCUUGCCAAAUGAAAUAGCUUACCUCAAGGAUCUGCAGAAAUUGGUUCUGACUAACAAUCAGCUGACCACCCUUCCCAGAGGUAUCGGUCACCUUACCAAUCUGACGCACCUUGGGCUCGGAGAGAAUCUUCUCACACAUCUUCCUGAGGAAAUUGGUACACUGGAGAAUCUGGAAGAACUGUAUUUGAAUGACAACCCCAAUCUGCACAGCCUUCCCUUUGAGCUGGCUCUUUGCAGCAAACUGUCAAUAAUGAGUAUUGAGAACUGCCCGCUCAGCCACCUUCCACCUCAGAUUGUUGCAGGAGGACCCUCUUUCAUCAUUCAGUUCCUAAAAAUGCAGGGACCAUAUCGUGCCAUGGUCUGAUGCUAACUGAAUUGUCCAAUACACUGUACAAAAUACAAACUGCAUUAAUGUUGUAAUUGUCUGUAUAUGUAUAUAUAAUAUAAUAUAUGUGGUUUAUAUUAUAUUAUAUAUAUAUAUAAAUAUAUAAAUAAUAUAAAAAGGCAAAUUUAAGACUGCAUUAUGUGUUUCUGCUAAUAGAGGAAUCAUAGCCAUUUAGAUUUUUUUUAUUCUGUAAAAAUGCUUGUCUAAGUUUUCUUUGCUGAACUUGAUGGAAGUUGUCUGAAUAAUCUGAAAUUGCCAGUUCAUUUAAAGCAAUUGCCAAUGAACUCAAACUUUAAAUUUAAGGGACAAAACCAGUUUUGCUUAGAUUUACUUUCAAUUAAGAGAAAUGUAUAACCUUUAUAUAAUGAACUUUUCUGUUUUCCUCCCCCCACCUUUUUUUUUUUUGUGUCAAAACCUGAAAGGGUCAUGUGCCCUAAGGUUGGGAUUUUCUUUUAACUUAUUUUGAGAUUUGAAGCAAAUGGUGUUUUUAUAUUGUUUACAGUCAGAGUAAAUCACUGGAUCUUGUUUUAUUCUGAUUUGCUCUGUUUUAAUCAAUCAUAUCUAGAAUUUAUAUGCCUCUGCUGAUGAAUUUUUAUCAACCUGUUUGUAUACUAAAAACAUAUACUCAUCAGAACAACUGGCAGGUGAAAAGGAUGCAGUCAAAACGAAAAGAAAAAAAAAAGCUUGAAUUCCUUUAAGUCUUGCUUCCCUGAGUUAUCAGUUGCAGGCAUAACAUAUCUGAACUGAGCCUUUUGCAGUUGGUCUUUUCUAGCACAAGUAAACCUUUCCAGAUUGGUAAAAACGUCGAGUAUUCUCAGUGAAGAGCGGUUUUCAUUGUGUGAAGUAACAAGUCCAUGAGGUUUAACAGUACAGUUAAGUGACAAGGAAAUAAUAUAUAUGUACAUUUUUAUUACAAUGUUGAGUCAUAAACUACAACAGGCAAUUUUAAGGAUUCCCUAGACCUUGUACAAUAAAUGAAUGUGUCUUACUUUUAAACACUGCAAUAUAUGUAAGUUUUAAGGUUGGUUAACAAUGUACUAUGGUUUUAUAUCUUGACUUGCCUUGUACCUCCUUCCAUUACGGAACUUCUGUGUCCAAGCACAAUAUCUUCACACUGUGCUGUUUUGCUGCUGAACUAAAUGCACUUUUCCCCACAGCUGGGGCACUUGCUUCAAAAUAUUCAGUUCAGUAUCUCGAUUAUUCUUUUUUAACUUCAUCCUAUCUGUUUCAGUAUUAAACCGAUCUAUUAAAAAAGAGGCACCUUUUUCAUUUGUGCAGAGAUGCUGGUAGCUCAAGAGAAACACUGUAAGUAGUGGACAUUCAGUUUUAUCGUGAAUUUCUCGGUCAUUUAAAAGGCAGAAGAUGCUUCAGGGAGAUUUACACUAUUGCUGCACUUGUAGGGCCUGUUGUCCUUUUUCAGGAGGGUAGGAACUCGAGGUGGUUGCAUUCCACGAUUCCCCAAGAACUGUUCAGUUUAUACUCGUUGGAAUUGCUGCUGGCGUAGUGUGACUUAGAGGACUGUACCUUUUGCACAAAAUCAAAUCAAUCGAUGCCAUGGGAAAUCUGUUUCACAUGCAGAAGUUUGGGAAUAUUACUUCUGGCUUUCAGGCAUGCUUAUUUAGAUGUAUUCCCUUGAUCUAUUUUCAUUUUGUUUUGUUGUACAUCUUUUCAUUAACAAGAAGUAAGUUUAAAUGGAAGGCAGGUGGAGAUAUAAAACCUUAGAGGGCUUAAACAUGCUGUAAAAGUAUUGUAGAUGUCACUGGAUUUUACUAAGUAAUGUCUGUUCUUUCUCAUACACUCUGUCUCUGUUUCCCCCCUCCCCCCUUUUUUUUUUUUUUACAUCUACUGUAGCUUUUCAGUUUAGACUUUAGUUUAUAAAAGGCUAGUUCCUUACAGUUCUGCCUGGGUUAAUCUUUCUCAGCAUUAAGGUGUUAAAAUAUGAAGAUGCUGAACUGCUUAGUAUCAAGACUGUAAUCUAACUUCUGAAUAUACUGCUAAGUCCGUAUUUGUGCCCUCAGGUCACUAGGGGAAACUGGUUUUAUUAAUAUGGUUCCUUGAAACAAAAGUGGCGACCCCUUGUGUUUUCAAGCGUCUUGGUCUCAUUCCCUGUCUACUCCUCAAUCCCAUUUUUAUAAGAGUUGACGGGAUUGAAUUUGUUUAGUUUGUAAAUACGUUGAUUAUUCACCUUGUUAAGGUACAUGGUUAAUGACUGUAUGAUUGGAGCUGACCCUCUCUCACAUAAAUUCUUGUGGAGAAGUUGGCUACCAAAAUAGCGCUCGUUACACUCGCUUAAAAACAAACUAUUCUUUUCAGUACACUUAUAGGAAUAAAUAAAGCUAUGUUUUAAUUCAUUACUAUAUUAAAAACAGGAUAUUUUUUCAAACUAUCUUGUAUUAGUAUGGUUGUUGCAAUGCCAGAUAAUACUGAGCCCUGUUUUAGGAGUUUAAUUUUAUACACUCUGAGGUGAAUGCUUAUUUUUUCAAUGUCUCAAGAGAGAUUUGAAUAAAAGCAGUGUGAGAGAAGUUCUGAUACAGGAAAAAUCAACUCAGAAGGACAGUUCUUUAAAAUUAUCCUUUAAUUUUAAAUUAAUUUUAAGUAAUGAAUAUCUGGCAUGGAUUGGGAAUACAUAUAAGUACUUACAUGGUUUUAUAUCCAAAUCUAUACAUAGAUCCAUAUAAAUCCAGAUGGUUUGAUCAUUCAAAACAGUCUUACAUCCUGACAUAACAGACUUUUUGCAUUUCCUAGGAUGCUGGAUUGUUAACUGGUAUGGUUUCUAAGUUGUAUUUAGUGCCUGAUGACAUUCAGUUGGACACACAUACUGACUUUAAGAAUUUUAUUUGCCUAUAGCAGUUAAAGUAUGAAUGGAAAGAUCUUCACUCUGACAAGGGUAUGUAUACAUACAUACAAAAAUGUAUUUGUGUAUCUGUAGAUGUAUGAAAGCAUAGACAAGGUGGAAAAAUUAAUUAUUUACAGCAUCUUUGAAAACAAGUGAUUCCCAGGUACUUGUAUUAAAUAUUUAUCCCCCUUGCCAUACUGGGGGAAAUAAUUUAGAAUGGUUAUUGAAAAAUGUGACAAUCUUUACUUUGGGUGAAAAUCAUGACCUUGAUUGCUUGUCCAUAGACAAAAUAUCAAUUUUGUAUGUGUCUGUGCCUAUGUACAUACAUACACAUGCCCCAUAAAGACACUAUCCUGACUCAUGCCUUGAUUAAACAAGCGAAGCUACUAUAAACUAUAUAGUAUUAUGGAAGUCUGGUAAGGUAUAAAGCAGGUCAGAGAUUUGCUAAAUAAUGAAAAGAAGGAAUAAUUGCUGUUGUGACUCAUAUUGGUUACAUAUUGAAUUUUAAUUUACUAAAUAGGAAGAUGUUUUAUAAUUAUUUGCAAAAAUGUUUUAGUAUAAACCCCUUAAAGUUGUGUCUCUCGCUGUCCUGUAUUUUAGUUUGUCACCAAAGUUGUCAAGUAUAAAUGCAGUGGAAAUGCUGCUUGUAAAGUUGGGUCACACAGUUGUGCAAUUGGGACUUUUCAGUUUGGGAGAUGCCAAUGGAAAUGUGACCUUCAUGCACCCUUUUUAGAAAGAGAUUUGGGUUGUAGAAUAUUUGCUUCGGUGCCUCUCUUUGAUUUAGGUUUUUUCUAGGUGAGGAACAUGCAUGUGUAGACUUUUUGAAGGUCGUGUUUGCCCAUGUACAUGAUUUAGACAAGUAGUACUUAGAGUGUCCCUCUGGUUAGUGCUUAAAUCCACUGUGUCACCUGGAAUUGAAGUGUCAUCUUUAAUCCUGGGAGUUUGAAAAAUGUCUUUUAUUUAACAAUUAGAAAAUGUCGAGAGGUUAUUUCCUCCCCCCCCCCCCCCCCCCGUUUUUUUUAAAAACCCUAAAAUAAAUUAAAUUUCUGAAUCAGCACAAAUCCAUAUCAGGAGACUUUUCAUAUCUGGAUGCAACUAAGAAUUUUCAUGUUUCACACCUCAGUUGUAUCAAUGGACAUGCCAGAACAGUUUCUAGUUAGAAAUGUGCAGUUGGCAGUAAUUUGCACAACACAAACUUCAAGGCACAGUAAGGAUGAUUAUAAACAAAUGAUAGUAUUUACAAAUGGGUUUUGUUUUUACCUUAGCAAAUAUCAAAAAAUUAUGGUUUUUUAUUCUGAUUUAGGUUUUAACCAGGACUUCACAGGAUUUUUGCUGUGGAAAAAUACCAGACCACACUAAUUUUGUGGUUAAAAGCUAAGCAAGAGUGUAAACAGUCUAUAAAAAUGUACUUUUAAUCUGAAUUAUUGUAAUGUUGAUUGUUAUGUCUAUAUAAAAGAUUGCCUUGCUUUUUUAUAAGAGUCAUUCUGUAUCAAUGCAUUCAUUAUAAAUAGUAUAUUUGUAAAUAA